AAUAAGAAACAGCACCUAUAAAUAUACAACAGUGCUCACAUUUUUUCCAGUUUCUUAAUUUUCACUUUUUGAAAAUACAUCAAUGUACCAGGGGCGGCAUCAGAAGAUUUUGAAUGGAGGUGCUGAGGGGGUGCUAGAUCACUGAUGGGGAGCUGGGCAAUUCAGAGCUUCAGACUCAUUCUUCCCACUGACUGAAGUUUCUGAGUUGGUAGAAAGAGCAUUUUUUUUUUUUUUGCUACAACAUGCUAUUAAUCAAUGCAUGCUGAAUUGCUGAUGAACUUUUACCACAGUUAAUAGGUAUAGAAACGAAAGUGGUUAACCCUUUCUUUUUAAUCAGUAGUAUUAUUUGUGAUUUGAAUUUUGUGAAUGGAGUCCCUCUUUUGCAAUAAGCCCGGCUUUGAAUGCUUUCACUUUCGACAUCGCAAUCUUGUCAGGUUUUACAAUAAAAGAUAAUUGUCUGUUUUGCUGACAUCUAUAGGCUUCAUACACCUUUCACCUUUUAAGACUAAAGAAUACAGAUGAGUCAUUGCUAUUUUUUAUUAAAAUGCACAACAACAAUAAAACAGUAAGAUUAACUGACAAACGAGUUUACAACAUGUUUAUUAACAAAAACGAAUAAGAUGAGGCAUGGCAUAGGCCUACACUACAUGCUGUAUUAGGAUAUAUAAUAAUAAUUUACAGAACAUUAAGUAAACACAGAGGAAUAAUAUACAAUCAAAAAAUAAAAGAGAGCCUCCAUAGCAUAACAUGAGGUAAACAGCAAAGAUAUAAGCUUUUCAAAAUGAAAACAAAAUAAAAAGAAAAGUAAAACUAAACUUGCUGCCGGUCAGUGUUUGCAAGGUUCCCUUCAGAUGUUACAAUGUACUCCACCUACGGGGCAUGUUGACACAUUUCACUUCCAUUUUUUGAGGGUAAAUAAAGAAGCACUCCAUUUUUUAAAUAAAAUGCUGUAAUGUAAUUACGAAAAGUGCUGCAAAUCACGUCGAGUUGCACUGUUCGAGUUAUGGAUAUAAGAAGUCAAAUGUAUUUUUUGUUUUGUUUAUCACACUAAUUCGAUCAUGAAUAAUGCUUUGUUGAUCUUGUUUUCCCUUUAAUACAUGCCUUCCGCAAGAUUUUUUAAAUUAUUUUCAAAUCACAACACACAUCUUGUGCUCCAGAACCCAUCUGCAUUGCACUGUGAUGAUCAAGACUACAACAGCACGUGUGCCAAACUGAAGUUGACAGAGCACACUGGAUAUUCAAAGUGUUUGGAGCACAUGUCAGUUGCGUUGUUUAAAGUGCACUUCAACUAUGUUCUGAGGGAACGGAACCGAGAUGGAAAACCUGCAUUUGAUUAUCAGUUCUUUUCCAAAAUGUCACCCCACCCAUCUCACUUCGGCUUCUUAACAUACCAGGGAAAAAGCCACAGAGAAGAACCAUAGCCUUCAUUGCAAAACAAAAAAAACCCUUUUUGCUUCAGUGGAGCAACACUCACUCAGCUGUGUCAAAUUACACAUAGCCAGUAAAACUAUGCUUAACAAUUAGUUUCAGCCUGAGUUUGGUUGUUUUCUUUGCAUCAUUACUGCAUUUUGCAGUAUUUUAGCUUAAAAGUACAUAGACUACAUCUUCCAUCCCCUUAUGUUAGCUACUUUAUUUUGUAAAAAUCAGCUGAGUCAAAUGUGUGACUGUGCCUGCGGGUUUAAGUGACUGAGUUCUGAAAUUUGAGCGUGAGCUUGCUUUCAUUCCCAUCUGUACCAGAUCAAAGAAAGAACUUGAAGAGCAAUUCCAAAACCUGAAAACUUCCUGCUGGAUCUAGGAUCAGAUCUCCAGCCAUGAAACGCCCAAAACAGUGAUCACAUCCUUGAUUAAGAUCAAAGUCCCGGGGCUACAGAUUUAGAGCAACAUAAAAGAGGAAAACAAUGAGGAAUGAUGCUGAAUCUCAGCAGAGAGAAGAGCGAUUGAGCGCGCUUUCUUUCCAUUACCCAAGACCAAGUCCCCGUCCAUCUGUAGCUCCAGAGAACCAUCCCACAACCAAGAAACCUCCCAUAAAACCCCGGCGGAGCAUCAAGUGUCGUCCCACAGCACAACAGGACCAGCAGAAGGAAAAUGAGACGACAGUGAAGCGGAUGGAUCCUGCUCUGGUUUUGGGUCCCGUGAGGCCCCUGGAGGCUCUGACUCCAUCUCUGCGCGCUCACACUCUGCUGUGGUUUGAAAGAAUGCAGCUGCCACGACUGCACAGGCCCGGACAGCCUCUUCCCCGCUGGCUCCAUGGUUUCGCUACACGCAGGGAAGCGGAACAGCUGUUGCAGGAUAAGCCACAAGGCUGUUUCCUGUUGAGGCUGAGCGAGUCAAAGAUUGGCUUUGUGCUGUCUUACAGAGGAGAAGACCGGUGUCGUCAUUUCAUAAUUGAAGAGGAGGAGUAUGGAUCAUCUGGUAGUGUAUAUCUAAUUGCUGGAGAACACAGCCGGCAUAGAAGCUUGGACGACCUAAUCAGCUACUACACCCAUAAUCCUGUGGGGCCUUUUAAUGAGAUGUUGACCAUACCUUGUAUUCAGCCAGAUGGGGUUUUUGCGGAAAUUAAUGGGUGGCGGGUGAAGGAUGAGGAAGAAGAGAGAAAUGGAAAAGCAAUAGAUCGAGAGGAAAAGACAAAACUGCCCAUGGCCAUCGGUCCAGCUGUUGUGGAUUCAUUACCCACAAACCCAUCCAAACAGGCCGCUUCUGCUACAGAAGAGCCUGUGCAGUAUGCAGCCGUGAGAAAGCCACUAAAAAAGACCCACUCACUGCCAGAAUGCAAGUGUGGAAGUGAAACAGCGCCUCCUGGGAUAGAAAAUGGAAGUUCUGAGGUUGCUGAAAACCCCUCAAAUCUUAAUCUAACAGGGGAUCAACUUUCUCCUGUGGAUGUCCAGUAUGCUCGAGUUAUUAAACCGCCAAGAGCAUUAUCAGAAAAUACCCCUAACUUCAGUGCCCAACCUGACCUCCAGGGAGCAACAGCAGCCUUUACCCCUCCAUCCAUCCCAAACUUUGACACAACAGCAGCAGACCCGAAAUACUGGAAACUGGAGCCCAUGCACACUUACGAAGAACCCCCCCACACACGCAGUCGUCCAGAAGAGAUUGACUGCUAUGCCGUGGGGUGGAGGAGGCAGGCGGCAGGGGAUGAAGUGAACCUUCCAAGGAAUCAUCUAUAUUCAGAGGUGAACAUCAGGGGUGCCCAAGAUGGCUUUGCUGUACCAAGACCCGAGCCUAGUCUUCCUCUAAGACCACCCCCAAGAUCUGCUUAUGGUCCUAUGCAACCAGAGCUCAGAGGGCAGAGUUUUGGCGUGUCCCCACUGAUGACUCCACCUCAACACUUCGGUUUUCAUCAUUCAGAGCAGCUAAAUCUGAAUGCUUCCUCCAGCUCCAUUUAUGAGCAGAUUCCAGAAAGACCGACCAGCUCUAGAGCUUGUCUGCCCCCACCAAUUCACAAACGCUGACCUCAGGAUUAUAUAGACCCUGACUUCACCAAAAGAUUGUUUCAUUUGUAAAUACUCUUAAUAACGAGAUAAAAAAACAGCAUUGUGAUAUUAGGAUGACAUAUAUGUGAAUCAAAACAUUACACUGCUUAAAAGCUGUAUAUACAUUUAUAAGGCUUGUUAGUAGUGAUCUCCCCAUGACUACUGUAUGCAUGUAUAUCAUGUUUAUAUAUUUUUCAUUUAUUUAAAUUGUAUG